AUCUAGCGGCUGGAUGUUGGUGGUGCAGUGAGCUGGGCGCUGCUGGAGGCUCGCCGGACCACAGCUGCUUUUCGCGCGGAGAAGGGGGGCAUUCCAGUUUGGUCAGCGCUGUGAGAUGUGGUGUUUCAGUCAUGGCACGGAGUCUGAGUCCAUGGCUUUGGCUGAGGAAACCCAUCUACAUCCAGGCCCGGUUCUCCUACCUCCACAUGAAGUACCUGUUCUUCUCCUGGCUAGCUGUGUUUGUAGGGAGCUGGGUGGUGUAUGUGGAGUACUCCUCCUACACGGAGCUGUGCCGUGGACACGAGUGCAAAAACGCAAUUUGCGAUAAGUUCCGGAAGGGGGUGAUCGAUGGUACCGCCUGCAGCAGUUUGUGUGAAAAGGACACACUGUAUUUGGGGAAAUGUCUGUCUGCCAAGCCCAGUAACCAGGUGUAUUCUGGUAGCUGGGGGGAUAUGGAGGGGAUCAUUAAGUGCCACAUGGAGGAAGUUCAUCACUAUGACCUGGCAGCAGAGCUGGAGCCACGGAGAGAAGCAGCGUCCUUCGACAGGCCAACUAAAGGCACAUCUGUGGAGAAGUUCAGAGAGAUGGUUCUGAGCCAUCUGAAGGCAAAAGUGGGUGAUCAGGCCAAUCUACAGGAUUUGGCAGCGCUCGUGCUUGGAGUGGCCGACGCCAACAAGGACGGUCAGAUCUCUCUGGCUGAGGCCCGUUCAGCCUGGGCGCUGCUGCAGCUGAAUGAGUUUUUGCUGGCAGUGGUCCUGCAGGGCCGGGAGCAUACACCUAGGCUGCUGGGCUUCUGCGGGGACCUGUAUGUGAUGGAGAAGGUGCCUUACGCACCGCUUUAUGGCAUUAGCCUGCCCUGGGCCGUAGAACUGUGGAUUCCAGCUGGCUUGCGCAGGAGCAUGGACCAGUGGGCGUCACCCUCCUGGCCCCGCAAGGCCAAGAUCGCAAUAGGCCUGCUGGAGCUUGUGGAGGACGUUUUCCAUGGCACAUUUGGCAGCUUCCUAAUGUGUGACGUGAGUGCUGCCGGCUUUGGCUACACAGAGCGGCAUGACCUGAAGGUGGUGGAUGCCAAGCGCAUCGUUCCUGAAGCCGCCUUCCAGGAAGCGAUGCGAGAGCGGCGGUGCGAAGUGGACAGUGACUGUAUUUAUGGGGCAGACUGCUACACCUCAUGUGAUCUCACCAAGCACCGCUGCACCACUGAGGUGACGCGGCCAAAUUUAGCCAAAGCUUGUGGUGCCUUGAAGGACUAUCUCCUUCGGGGGGCGCCGUCGGACAUAAAAGAAGAGCUGGAGAAACAGCUGUACGCUUGUAUUGCUCUGAAGGGAGCCACAGAACAGAUGGAGAUGGAGCACUCGCUGAUCCUCAACAACCUGAAGACACUUUUGUGGAAGAAGAUAUCCCACACCAAGGACUCUUAAGUGAGGUAUUUGUUCCCCAGGGCCCAAGAUGACUUGAAUCAAAGCACAGAGGUGUCAGUUUUUUUGAAGUGGUAAUCCCAAGUGGAAUGUUCAGCCAUCAAAUUAUUCUCAAAUCUUUCACUGCAGUGAUGCUACAAAACUUAUACUGGUACCAACAGGAAAAAAGUAUGAAUUACAGAGCUGCACAGAAAGCCUGCCACUACUGAUCCAUGUGCUGUACUGCUCAGAUAAGCCUGAACUGCCACUCUUCCUAAUGCCCCUUCAGGAAACCAUGACAAUCAAACUGUCACUCUACUCUUUACUGUAGUGCUUUCUAGGCUAUUUUUAAGAACCACACUCAUUACUUUGUUCAGUCCACAAUCUCUUGCAAAGUAUUUUGAGAUAAUGGUUUUACAAUAGACCUCACUGUUUGAUAUCGUUUAUCCAAUCAGAAAGCAGCAUAGUAUUUAUUUAGACAAGCUAAAAUCAUGUGAUCAUUUCCUGAACUAAACCCAUUUCCAUCCGAACGUGGCUCUGAUUUAGCUGACUCCAUAUUCCUACUACGCCCAAUUUUAGAGCUGGUUUCAAGUCAAGCACGGCUCCAGACCAGUCAUUAAAACAGCGAAUCUCUUAAUCUCUAAUUUUGGUGCAGGACUAGCUUAAUGUGUCAGACUAUUUUUAUCAUGAUUAUUUACCAUGGCUACUGCCCAAAAUGUCAAGCUAGAAUGACUGUGUACUUUCAAAAAUGUGUUGUGUAUUUAAAGAGGCAUGAUAUGUUGAUGCGUUACAAAAGUCUACUUUGUAACUAAAUGCACACUGGUCAAAUAAAAUCAAUUAAAUGCACUAUGUUCA